AUGGAGAAAAGCAAGUCAUAUCCUGAAUACUCUUGUUCUUAUACUGAAUUUGGAUUCAGAGAAAGGUCCAAUUCUUAUAACUUCAAUGGACCAAGUGACAAAGGAAGUAGUUUUUCUGCAUCAAAUGACUCAGAGAUUAAGAGAAAGAAGAGGAUCAAGUCCUAUAAUGUGUUGGCAGUGGAAGGAAAGCUUAAAAGUAGUGUAAGAAACAGUUUCAAGUGGAUCAAGAACAAGUUCAGCGAUGUUCGCUACGGCGUGUGA